AUGACUUCACUUCGUCGUUACACUCUUUAUUUGAUGAGUAAUGAUACCAGUUUUCUGCUGCUUUUCUGGCCAUUAGCAAUGUUUGCUCUUUUAUUCCUAUUCGAAAUCUCUGCAUCAGCUGUUGAAAUGAUCUCAAAUACUCUUCAAGAGAAUGCCCCUAGCGGAACAAUCCUAUCCAUGAUGAAAUCAUCAGAUCUCAAAUACUCUUCAAGAGAAUGCCCCUAG